AAAACUCGAGUCGAUUGAGUCAGCUUUAAACUUACCGUUUAUUAAUUUAUUUUCUUAUUCUAUUCUACGGUCAAGUGUCAACAAUAAUAAUUAGCCAUCGAUUAGAACAGCCGUCAGCCACUGAGCUGUAUUUUCUACCUACUAUAGUACUAUAUCAUCAUCGCAUCUGGUCAUCUGACGAACCAACGAUUGUUGUAUUUGCACCCGAAUCCGUGGUUUUGCCGACAUCAGCAUAUUAAUAUUUUUCCACUAUGACUAAACAUUUCAAUGUUGAUAUUGAUAAUAUAAUCACCGACUAUGAAUUAGCCUACCAACAUGCAAAGGAAAGCUUUAUCGAUGAAAUAAAACGAACCGAUGAAAAUAUACUGAAAGUAUACACACAGGACAUACCUGACGAAUAUAGCAAGACAUUAAAAAAUCUCUCAGAUGUAAAUAACAAAAUUAGCAAGAGCCGUGAUACACUUCAACAAAUAUCCGAAAAAGUCAAAUGUGAACAACAGAUAUUACAAACAGAAAACGAUCGCUUGGAGUCUAUUAAUAAUGAAUGUAAUAGUUUGGGAGUUACAGAAAUUGAGUUGAAUGAUGUGAUAAAUAAAACCAAAGAGCAACUCACCCAAGUAUAUAAAGAAAAAAAAACAAGCUUAAAAAAACUUAAGCGAGAAAUAAAUUCAUUCAGAGCUGGAGUAAACAUGUAUGAGCGAUUUUUACAGUUGAAUAUGAAUGUUGAAAGUAAUGGAAUAAAUACUUUAAUCAAUAUUACCAUGAAAAAUGUUAAAAAUCAUUCAGAUUACAAAGUCAUAUUUUAUGAGGAAAAUGAUAACAAUUUCAAACUUAUUGACAUCACUCCACGCAGCCAGACAGUUAUGAAGGCAGCAACAUUGUACGAUCAGAACCAAGAUAUCCAAGGCCUGUUAGCUUUCUUAUAUACAUUAUAAAAGAAUAACUAAGAAAUCACAUAUUAUUAUAAACUGUAUUAUAGUGUAUUUUAUUUUAUAUAUUAUGUUUUCACUGUUGUUCUCUCACUAUGUACUUUGUAUUUUAUACAUUUUACUGCUGUGUAUUUUACUAACUUGUACGUGUAAAUACUAUAGAAUUUUUAGACUUUUAUACUGAGCUAAUUCUUUUUAUAGUUUAAAAAUAUAUAGUCCAUAUGGGUAAACUUAACCUUAUUAUUUGUUUAUUUUUUUUUUUUUUUACUAUGACCUAGGUACACUUGUGAAUACCUCAAAAAAAAAAAAAAAAGAAUUAAAUUUUACAAUGGGGGUAUUGAAUAAUAUUAUCAAACUGACCUAUCUCUAUUAUUGAAAUGUUUAUAUUGAGCUUUUUAGUUUUACUUUAAUAUUACAUACAGUCGUGUAACCAUUUUGUAUUCCACUAUUCCAGCAUACUAUUUUAAAAUGUCUAAGACGCUCAACGUAAUAGUUGAUCAUGUAAGUAAAUGCUUAAUUAUUUAGAUAUUAUAGAUUUUAUAGUUUUUAGUCUUUAAUUAAAUCUAUAUUCUAAUAAAAACUUAUUAGCAGCGUAAAAUUGUAUCCAACAAUUUUUUUAAUGGUUUAUUAAAUUAUAAAUUUCCAAACUUUAAAAA